GAUUGGUAAUUGUUCACAAAUUAAAUGUCCGAUGUAGUGAGUGCCACACAGGAACCCCUUUUAGCGUCCGCACGAACUUUCUCAUCCCAUCAAUCUCCUUCCCGACCCAGUCAAAUUUAUACUGCUUAAUUCCUCCACUCUCUCUGAUAGUUCUCCAAGCUUUCCAAAACUCUCCAAUGGCAGAUUCCAUUUCCUACCAACUUCUGUUUCCAAAAAUUGAGACCGACCCACAUGAGUUUAACUCCUCCAUACAUGCUGCUGCAUUAGACAGUCUGCACCUUGAAAAUUUCAAUGGUUUCGAUUCACCGCCAUUGCCAUUGGGAUGCAAUUCCAACCAGCUUCCACAAAUGGGUUCAAAAGAUUUUGAGGAUUCAGGCAUCUGGGACUACAUUUUGGACGACGCUGCUUUUCCAUCAACUUUUGGUUACGAGGUGGUUGAUGAAAAGCCCCUGACAACAAUGGCGGAAUCCGUUGACUGUUCGAACAGUGUUUCGGGUGAUUCGGACGAUGUUUUGAGGACGAUCGAGUGGGGGAUGAAGAUUUGGGGCAAAGAUGAAGAGGGAAGCAGGACAAAAAAUGAGAGUUUUUGCAAGAAGAGGUGUGCCACUCCAUUGGAACUGGACGAGAUUCAGAAGUAUUUCGACGUGCCGAUAACUCAAGCGGCCAAGGAGUUGAAGGUGGGAUUGACGGUUUUGAAGAGGAGGUGCAGGGAACUGAACAUCAUGAGGUGGCCGCACAGAAAGAUCAAGAGCUUGAAUGCUCUCAUUGAAAAUGUUAAGGGGAUGGGAUUGACGAAUGAUGUGAUGAUGCUGGAGGAGCACAGGAGGCUUCUAGAGCAGAUGCCGGACAAGGAGUUGCCGGAGAGAGCCAAGAGGCUGAGGCAGGCUUGCUUCAAAACCAACUACAAGAAGAAGAGGGCUUUGUGUUUGACUGCUCUGCCGGUCCAUGAUUUAGUCUAGCUACCUUAUAUGCACAAAAUUAUAGAAUAGAUGAGGAAAUCAUGACAUGUUAUAUGGAUAGGACGUGUUGAGAGGGUGAAGUUCACAUCUUCGGAACAAUUGGCGAGAUUGGUAUAUUUUCGAUUCAAAAACGUCGGAAGGCUUGAUUCGUCAGGUUGAUGUGACCUUGAACUUUGUAUCUAACUAUUUUCAUCGAU